CACUCACUACAACACACUAGUAAGCAAAAGCAUUCUCCUCUUUACUCAAUUCUCACUUCUCCUUCUUAUUCUCUAUCUCUAGAAAUGUUCUUAUCAAGAUCAUGGCUUCUUCUCAUUUUCAUAAACAUAAUCACGAUAACAUCGAAGUUUUAUCCGAUACAUGGUGAAUUACCGGGCACAUGGGAACUUCUCGUAGCCAACGCCGGCAUUUCUUCCAUGCAUACUGCCGUUACACAUUACGGUACCGUUGUGUUGCUUGAUCGCACAAAUAUUGGUCCUUCCAGAAGAAUGUUACGUAAAGGCCAUUGUCGUGAUAAUCCAAACGAUAGAGUUUUGAAACAUGAUUGCUAUGCUCAUUCUGUCUUGUUCGACCCGUUAACAAAUGAAAUCAGACCGCUGAUGAUUCAGACGGAUACGUGGUGUUCGUCUGGUCAGUUUUUGCCCGACGGAACUCUUUUACAGACCGGUGGUGAUCUGGAUGGUUUAAAGAAGAUUAGAAAAUUCGUUCCUUGUGAAAGAAAUGAGUUUUGUGAUUGGGAGGAGCUUCAAGAUUUAGAAUCGGUCAGUGGCAGGUGGUAUUCCACGAAUCAGAUUUUACCCGAUGGUUCCGUGAUCAUUGUAGGUGGACGGGCUGCAAACAGUGUUGAAUUUUACCCGCCAAGAGAACCCGGCGUUUUACCGUUACAGUUUCUGGGUGACGUGAAAGAUGAUCAGAUGGACAAUUUGUACCCUUAUGUUCAUCUUCUACCAAAUGGUAAUCUAUUUAUAUUUGCGAAUAAUCGCGCCAUACAAUAUGAUUACACGGCCAACUCUGUUGUACGCGAUUAUCCACCGUUGGAAGGCGGCCCGCGUAACUAUCCAUCAGCUGGUUCUUCAGUGAUGUUGGCAUUACAAGGGGAUUAUACAUCGGCUGUGAUUGUUGUUUGUGGUGGUGCAGAAUAUGGUGCUUUUAUCCAAAAGAGCACAGACACUCGGGCUCAUGGUAGCUGUGGACGGAUUGUGGCGACUGAUCCGAACUCCGGUUGGGAAAUGGAAGACAUGCCUUUUGGAAGGAUUAUGGGUGAUAUGGUAAUGUUACCAACCGGUGAUGCACUGAUCAUAAACGGUGCUCAGUCUGGUAGUCAAGGGUUCGAACUGGGUACAAACCCGUGUCUGAAUCCCGUUCUUUAUAGACCGUCCGAACCUGUUGGAUUACGAUUUAUGACUUUAAUUCCAGCUACAGUCCCAAGAAUGUACCAUUCCACAGCGAAUUUAUUACCGGAUGGUAGGGUUUUAGUUGCAGGUAGUAAUCCGCAUUACUUCUACAAGUACGGGGGCGACUUCCCGACAGAGUUGCGGCUCGAAGCGUUCUCACCGGAGUAUCUGUCAGCUGACCGCGCUAAUCUUAGACCAGUUAUUGAAGAAUUACCUGAAAAAUUAUGUUAUGGACAGGCUUUUGAGAUUUUUAUAUCAGUCACACUGCCGAUUGUUGGCAUAGUUGAGGUGAAUUUCGCAAAUUCGCCUUUCGCCACACAUUCCUACUCACAAGGACAGAGGUUAGUCAAAUUGGGUGUCACGUCCGCCAUACCUGAAUCAGGUGUUGCUGUUGGUGGCAAGUAUAGGAUAGGGUGUACAGCUCCACCAAAUUCCAAGGUUGCUCCGCCGGGUUACUAUAUGGUGUUUGCAGUUAACCAAGGUGUACCUAGUGUUGCUCGAUGGAUUCAGCUCAUUUCUUGAUAUUUCCGGUUUCUAACCUUGUUUGUUUUUUAGGUUCUUGGAUUCUAUAGGUUUUAGAAGCUUUUGUUGCCUAGUGAAAUCCGACUUUUUACUUUCAGCUCAUUUCCUUAGUUCUUAUGGCAUAUUCAGCUCAAAUAUUAUUAUCACAGUGGCCCAAUUUUUCGUCGGUGCCAAAGAAAAUAUCUUCAGCAUUGCAUUUUAAUGGACAAACAAUGUAGGGAGUAUUAAGUUGUAGUCUUUCUUUUCUUUU